UAGAAAACGACUUGACGUUAAAUUAUUAUCCAAAUGGGAGGGUCGUUAUGGUGCAGAAUCAUAUAUCUCAAAACCAGAAUUUAAAUCUUGCGUUAUAUUUAAUGAGAACUUGGUGGCGGUAGAAAUGAAUAAGCUUGAAGUAUAUUUAAAUAAACCUAUAUACGUAGGUCAAGCCAUUCUUGAUUUAGCUAAGACGACCAUAUACAGCUUUCACUACGACUACAUGAUGGAUAGAUUUGGAGGUAACUGUACUGCCGUUUAUACUGAUACCGAUAGUUUAAUUUAUGAAAUUCGAGAGCAAGACCCGUAUAUGGUUAUUAAAAGCGAUUGUUUUAAAUAUUACGAUACCAGCGAUUUUAACCCUAACAACCCAUAUGACAUACCUCUUGUAAAUAAGAAAGUCUUGGGUAUGAUGAAGGAUGAAAAUAAUGGGAAAGUAAUGACUGAUUAUGUAGGAUUGCGAUCUAAACUGUACACGACCAAAGUAUUAACCACCAAGGAUGAUUUAAUAAAAUUGCGUCAGAAAUUAGAAGCGGAAGAGUAUGAGGAGGAUGAAAUUGCUACGAUUAUUAAAAAUUAUGGUUUGAUAAAAAAGGCAAAGGGGGUAAAGAAAAGUGUAGUCGAGACUAAAAUUUCUUUUGAUGAUUAUGUGGAAUGUCUGGAGACAUUUAAGCGCAAAACAGCAUCUCAAAAUUUGAUUCGGACAGAUAAACAUCAAGUGUAUUCUAUAACACAGUCGAAAAUUGCUCUAAGUCCCGAAGACGAUAAGAGGUAUCUAAUUCCCGGCUCAUUUAACACUCUUCCGUGGGGCCAUUAUGCUAUUGAUAAACCUCAAGAUGUUGCCGAUAACCCGAUGGAUGUUGAUUAAUGUGCAGAUUUGGUAUCCCUCCUAAUGUAUUUUUGAAUUAGUUUUUCUAUAUCAAUCUAUUAAUUUACCAACCCACACUUUUUUUUUACUUAACCAGACCUACAAUAGAUUAAUUCUUAACAAAGAAACCUGUUAGGCCUCCAUUGUUACUUUCCCUCUACAUACAAAGUAUGUAUAAAGGAAAGUAUUGUAAUCGUGAUAAAUUUUCGAUAUGCCAAUAUUGCGUUUUCUGGACGUUUAGAAGCACUCAGAUGAGCCCCAAUGGGCAUGUGAGGAUCGUGGAUGUUGCGGAAAGUUAUCUUGAAUCGGAUUAAUCAAGGAGAUAGUUGUACUCUCUGCAAUUAUACAUCAGAAACCACUUCUGCUUCUGAUCAAAUGUGAUAACAUUACGUCUGAUUUAUAUGUAAACAAUGUACCUUUUUGAGUUAUGUUAAUAAAUGAUAUAUAAACACCAAGGAGUUUUCAUUUCUCUACGGAAUAAUAGGGACGUUUUUAAAAAUUGUACACUAUUUCCUUUUUUUUCAUCAUAAUCACCGUUCCGAUCAAUCCAUCUUUUUGAAUCUACCCCGCAUGUUAUUCCUCGAUGUUUCGUCAGAUACGUGUGGACUAGCGUUGCGCUGCCUUCUUGUUUUGUAUUCCGGUGUGAAGGUUCUCCAACGUCUCACAGCGCUCCGGUAGGCAGGAAUUCACACAACCCCGGUCCUAAAAAGAAAACUCACGCAGACGGCUUUGGUGAUGAUGUUUCCAUUGGCGGAUUUUUGUUUCCGGAGUCGUGUAGGGAACUUAGCUCUCGUCCACCGGCGCAAUCUUUUUUGCACAAAAAAAACGAAUCGAGUCGGGCAUGCGGAUGGAAAUCUGCAACUGUUGUGGAAAGUUAUAUGGAUUAAUCAAAGAGAUAGUUGAACUCUCUGCAAUUACACAUCAGAAACCACUUCUGCCUCUGAUCAAGAAUAUUAUACGUUUAAUUUAAAUAUAAAUAAUAUACCUUCUUGAGUUGUGUUAAUAAAUGAUAUAUAAACAUCAAGGAGUUUUUCAUUUCCCUAAGGAAUAAUUUGCGAUUUCACUCUCGCGAAUGUUCUUCUUCUACCGGGAGCUGGUACCUACGUAAAAUAAGGUUCCCAAUUAUUUUCACAAUGAAAAAUUAUGUUUAUUGGUAUUUUUGGAAACUUUACACUAUUUCAUCAUAAUCACCGAUCCGAGCGAUCCAUCUUUUUGUAUCUACCGUCGCAUGUUCCUCUUCGGUGUUUGGUCAAGUCGAGGAAGAGACACUAGAACUGUAAGAAGGGUGUGUGUAUGUUGUACGUGUGGACUAGCGCUGCGCUGCCUUCAUGUUUUUUAUUGCGGUCUGAAGAUUCUUCAACGUCUCAUAGCGCUCCGGUAGACAGGAAUUCGUACAACCCCUUUAGCGAUGAUGUUUCCACAGACGGAUUUUUGUUUCAUUUUCCGGAGUGAACCCAGCUCUCGUUCACCGGCGCAAUAUUUUUGCACACACAAAAAACGAAUCACGUAAUGUUGGGAGAGUCCAUCUCUAACGGCAAGAGUGAGUGUCGUGGGUGGAGAAUUGGUAGGAGGAAGAAUCAAGCUAUAUGCCAGUGUGGAAUUCGGUUACUGUUUGUGUCUGCAUCUUAUGUAUUUUUUUACUUUUUAAAUUGUAAUCAUUUGACAUUCAAAAAUUA